GUCGUCGGAUACAUGUGGAACACAACGAACACAGCAGGAGCCUCUCGCGUCUCAUCCCCCGAAUACAAUGCGAAAAAGUCUGUACAGAAAAUAGACAAAUAAGGAGCAGGAGCAAAAACACCACUCUGUGCAUAAAAUAUAACUCCCGCAGAACUGAAUACCUGCAAAGAAAUACGCGUUGAAUGGAAUUACGGUGCGGGAAUUGAUAAAGUGAAGUGUGUUACAGCUAGAAAGCAAGUGAAAUAUAACGAAUACAUUAAUAAUUCAUGCCCCUCACAGCCAGAAGCUUACUAGUUUGAUAAGGAAUUCAACGUAAAUCUGAUAUAAUGUAGAAAACUUGUACAAAGUAAUAUACAUAGCAUAUAGCAUAUAGCACAGUACACAGAACACACCGCAAACUCAAACAAAGUUGACAAGUCUCAGUUCUUUCUCGAAUUAUUUGUGAAAGUGCAACAAACAUAUAUAAAAAAUAAAAAAAGAAAGGGAGGGGAGCAAAAAAAGGCAGUGACAGCAGGACCUGCAAAGGAAUUGCCAUCAUUUGGGGAUUACGGAAUUAUCGGGAUCCGUUCUCAUUAAAAUGGAUUUAAGGCAAUGCCGAUGUGCUGAGCUGCAUUUGUGCAUGGGAUUAUCGAUUGUAAUGCGCAGUCAUCAAAUUAUGUUUGAAAAACGCCGCCGCGACAGCGAUAAUAGCAACAACAACAACAACACCAUCAACAACCAAAUCAACAACAAACACUGAAUUGGCCCCUGACCCCCUUUGGCAGCACCCCCUCCAUCCAACACCCCCUACGCCCCUGCCCAAGCGAAAGGAGCAGCGAAAAAGAAGAAGCGUCUUAUGAAACAAUUGAAGCACCGGCCAAAGGAGCAAAGGAGCAGACAAAGACAGAGACAAAAACAGCGGCAAAGGAUAAAGCGGAGACCGAGAAGAAGAGGAAGCAGUAGUAGCAAAGCAGGAAACAACAACAACAACAACCGCAACAUCGCAUUUUUAAACGGCAAUACGCAAAGAUAUGACAAGUGAUGGUGCUGUUACGUUUUGGAUAUUUUUGCUUUGUUUGAUCGCCUCGCCGCACCUGCAAGGGGGCGUGGCCGGGAGGCCAGAUGAACUGCACAUCGGCGGCAUCUUUCCGAUAGCCGGCAAAGGAGGAUGGCAGGGCGGGCAGGCGUGUAUGCCUGCCGCAAGACUGGCGUUGGAUGAUGUCAACAAGCAGCCGAAUCUGCUGCCGGGCUUCAAGCUCAUCCUGCACAGCAACGACAGCGAGUGUGAGCCCGGUUUGGGCGCCAGCGUGAUGUACAAUCUGCUCUAUAAUAAACCGCAAAAGCUGAUGCUACUGGCAGGAUGCAGCACGGUGUGCACCACUGUAGCCGAGGCUGCCAAAAUGUGGAAUCUAAUUGUGCUCUGCUACGGAGCCUCGAGUCCGGCUCUUUCGGAUCGCAAGCGGUUCCCCACUCUAUUCCGCACCCAUCCAUCGGCCACGGUGCACAAUCCAACGCGCAUCAAGCUGAUGAAGAAAUUCGGCUGGUCCCGGGUGGCCAUUCUGCAGCAGGCGGAGGAGGUCUUUAUAUCGACCGUGGAGGAUCUCGAGAAUCGAUGCAUGGAGGCUGGCGUUGAAAUCGUAACUAGACAAUCAUUUCUAUCCGAUCCAACAGACGCCGUGCGCAAUUUGCGACGCCAGGAUGCACGCAUCAUUGUGGGACUCUUCUACGUGGUGGCCGCCAGGAGGGUGCUCUGCGAAAUGUACAAGCAGCAGCUAUAUGGUCGAGCCCAUGUAUGGUUCUUCAUAGGCUGGUACGAGGACAACUGGUACGAGGUCAAUCUGAAAGCGGAGGGCAUCACCUGCACUGUUGAGCAGAUGCGAAUAGCUGCCGAAGGACAUCUGACAACGGAAGCGCUCAUGUGGAAUCAGAACAAUCAGACAACUAUAUCCGGAAUGACUGCAGAGGAAUUUCGACAUCGACUGAAUCAGGCGCUUAUCGAGGAGGGUUACGACAUUAACCACGAUCGCUAUCCGGAAGGCUAUCAGGAGGCGCCACUCGCCUACGAUGCAGUGUGGAGUGUGGCUUUGGCUUUCAACAAGACCAUGGAGCGAUUAACAACCGGGAAGAAAUCUCUGAGGGACUUUACCUAUACGGACAAGGAGAUUGCCGAUGAAAUCUACGCGGCCAUGAACUCCACACAGUUUCUUGGUGUCUCGGGUGUGGUGGCAUUCAGUUCUCAGGGCGAUCGUAUUGCUCUUACACAAAUCGAACAGAUGAUAGACGGCAAGUACGAGAAGUUGGGUUACUACGAUACUCAGUUGGAUAACCUAUCCUGGUUGAAUACCGAACAGUGGAUUGGUGGCAAGGUUCCUCAAGAUCGCACAAUUGUCACCCAUGUUCUACGCACCGUGUCCUUGCCAUUAUUUGUGUGCAUGUGCACAAUAUCCAGUUGUGGCAUAUUCGUUGCCUUCGCCUUGAUCAUCUUUAAUAUAUGGAAUAAGCAUAGAAGAGUAAUACAAUCCUCGCAUCCUGUUUGCAAUACGAUCAUGUUAUUUGGUGUCAUCAUCUGUCUAAUAUCUGUCAUCUUACUGGGCAUCGACGGACGCUUUGUCAGCCCCGAGGAGUAUCCAAAGAUAUGUCAAGCGCGGGCUUGGUUACUAUCCACCGGUUUUACACUAGCAUACGGUGCUAUGUUCAGCAAGGUCUGGCGUGUGCAUCGUUUUACAACAAAAGCAAAAACUGACCCGAAGAAAAAAGUGGAACCUUGGAAGCUAUACACCAUGGUUUCGGGGCUAUUAUCAAUAGAUUUAGUGAUAUUACUCUCAUGGCAGAUCUUUGAUCCGCUGCAGCGUUAUCUCGAAACAUUCCCACUCGAAGAUCCAGUAUCUACUACUGAUGAUAUUAAAAUACGUCCAGAGCUUGAGCAUUGUGAAAGUCAACGCAACUCCAUGUGGUUGGGUCUUGUAUAUGGCUUCAAGGGGCUAAUCCUGGUGUUUGGCCUCUUUUUGGCCUACGAGACGCGCUCCAUUAAAGUGAAACAGAUCAACGAUUCGCGUUAUGUGGGCAUGAGCAUCUACAACGUGGUCGUCCUCUGCCUGAUAACAGCUCCGGUGGGCAUGGUCAUUGCAUCGCAACAGGACGCGUCCUUUGCCUUCGUUGCUCUAGCUGUGAUAUUCUGUUGUUUCCUAAGCAUGCUGCUGAUAUUUGUGCCAAAGGUCAUUGAGGUCAUACGUCAUCCCAAGGAUAAGGCCGAAUCGAAAUACAAUCCCGAUUCAGCCAUAUCGAAGGAGGACGAAGAACGCUAUCAGAAACUUGUUACCGAAAAUGAGGAAUUGCAACGAUUAAUAACACAGAAGGAGGAAAAGAUUCGUGUCCUCCGACAGCGGCUUGUGGAGCGGGGCGACGCCAAGGGCACAGAACUGAAUGGUGCAACAGGUGCCGCCUCCGCCGCCGUUGCAACAACUUCGCAGCCCGCUUCCCUCAUCAACUCUUCAUCCGCACAUGCCACGCCCGCAGCCACACUCGCAAUCACACAAGAAAUCUUAGCUCUAUUCGUCGGCAUUGACACAAUUGAUUAGGAACAACAAUAUAAAUGGAGUUCAAAGAUACUCAUGAGCAUCGUACAUGAAAAAACUUGUCAAUUUCCUUUGCGUGAUAGGUGAAUUAUACAAAAGAUAUGAAAUGCAAAUAAUGAUGCUAACGGAAGAUGGAUUUAAACAAACACGUACUUAAAGAACUUUGUAUCAACUUUAAGCUGAGCUAAAUAAGUGAAUUGGUAGCAGCAAUUUUGUAGAAUAAUGAAAUAUGUAUUGUACCUUAAACGUGUUUAGCAUUAAUAUUGAAAACGAAGUAAUUUUAACUUAAAAGAAAACAAACAAAAACUCGACACUAGCAUCUAAACUAAGCGAAUUGUUAGGCUUUAAAGUUGCAACACAGAAACCAAAAAAAAAUUCUAGCAAAUCAAGAGAAUUCAUUACGAAAAGAUCGUGUUAAAGUUAGUCAUUUUUAAAUGCAGGUGUAGGGAAGACAAAUUGUUGAUUUUGUUUUUAGUAAAUACUGUUUUUGAGUUAGACGAAUUAUACUUUCGAACCUCAUUUGCUCAGCGCUGUCUCCUAGAGCUCUUUCUACUUAAAUAUAGUAAAUCUACAUAGAAAAGGCGGCCUUCUCCCGAUUCUUAGUUUUUAUUUAUGUGUACGUGUCUUUUCUCAACCAGGUCGCGGCAAUACAAACCAAACUCCUAGACUCCGGGAAUCAAACUAGGUCAUUUUGUCCUUCUCGGCAGGAUAAUCGGUUUGGUUCCCAAAUAUGUUAGCUAAGUUAGCUUUAGGCACUUUGUAUAGAUCCAUGUGUGUGUAUGUGAGGUGUAAAUGUGCACUCGAUAAAAGUUUUAAUAGUUUACAUUUCAGCAAAUCGUAAAAAGCACAAAUCGAAUGAAAAGUCUAGCAGAUAUUAGAUAAUGAAAGGAUAUGUAUACAUUUAGCUUAGACUAGUGUAGCAUCAAAAGUUAAUAUAUUAUAUUAUGGAUGGGAUGCUGAGUGCUCAAGGAACGUUUUAAUUUUUAUGUACUGUUAUACAUAGACAAAUUAAAUGGUAAUGAGACAUUUUUGAACCUACUGUAAGUUCUAAAAUCGCAUUUAUAAAGUAUAUAUAUUAUACACAGGAACCGAGGAGAGACCGAGCAUAAUUGAGGACGUCGUUAUAUAGGAAUUGACUUUAUUUAAACUAAAACUAAACUGAACCCUAUUGACAAAUGAUUAACUUAGUCACAUGCAUAACAUACUAUCACUCACUCACCACUCAGCCCUCAACGAAAUCGAAUCUUUUCAAUUCAAAUUCAAUUCAAACUCGCUCACAUCCAAGUAAAAUGGAAUUAUAAAAAAGAAAUCCAUCACAAAAAGUGCUAUAAGAAACAUACAUAGACAACAUCAAAUUCCUACGAAAUGAAAGACUUUAAAAUCUAAGCCGUUAAAAAAAAGAAAGGAAAACCAAGCAAAUGAAAUUAAUACUAUACACACGAUAAACAAUGAUUAUAUAUAAAUAUUGAAAUAUAUAUAUGAAAUUUACACAUGGCAAAGAACAUCUCUAGUACAUUUGUUAGGAGUCGUUGGAAUUUGUAGUUUAUUUGGAUUGUAUUUCAUACACAUACAUAUAGGGAACGCUGUUAGGGUAGACGUGUAACUCGAGAUCAUGUAUAUUGUAUAUAGAGCAUUUAGCUGCGCCUACUAAAAACACAGAAUUGAACACAGCCACAAACAGCAACCAAAUCUACAAAUGCAACAAGUAAUCGACAUUUAUUUUUUGAAUUUUCAAAUCCGAAUCAAUUAUUUGCUUUUGUCCUCGAAUCACAGCCGAUUGAAGAACUUCUAGCCAAGUAAGACACAGUUUAGCCAAGCUAAUAUUGUUGUAUAAAUACGAGUAAAUAGAAAAAGCAAAGGUUAAAUAAAUCCAGAAUUAUUUCAAUGGAAACACACAAGAAAGUGAAAUUCUACUGUUAGUGACAAAUUAAAUAUGAACCACGACAAAAUGGUAGCAAUAUGCAGGAAAAACAAAUGGUCAAAGUAAUGAAAAACUCGGUAUGUUCUUAUGAAUGUAACACUAACGAAUUAAUUUAAAGUUUAAUAAAACGGAAUAAAUGAGAAUUUUACUGAAUAAAAAACACAAAACAGAAUUGAACAAA